CAGUUUUAAAAGGUAUAUAUAGUUCCACAUGAUCUCGUCGUCUAUUCUCUUUACCGUUUCAAUUAAAACCGCAUGCCGACAUCCAAUCCACCAUCUUGUCCUGCUACCUUAAAUUCUACAUCAAUCACAAAAUUUUUCGCCAUUUGGCAAUUAUCAAUCUGAUAAUUUGUCGCUCUGUUUUCCUUCAUUUGGAGAAGCAAACAAAGAAGAUAAUAGAUCCACCAUUGUACUCCGACGAUGGCUUCUGUUCCCACUCCUGCACAAUCCACCGGAGCUGAAUUUGAUUCUUCUAACCCGACCAUGGCUCUUCUCUCCACCGUCGCCUCAGACGAAUCUGCUAUGGGCGUCCGAAGAUCUCAUGCAACGUGCCUCUGCCCCGUCCUCCUCGUCACCUGCGCCUCCCUAGCAGCCGCGGCCGCUUUCGUCUUCCUCUUCUCCUCCUCCGCCCCCGCUGCAGCAUCCCGAGAUUCGGCCUCUGAUCUCUCACACACGGCGAGACCUCUCGCCAAGCUCUCCCGCCCCGUCGUCCUCCUCAUCUCCUCCGACGGAUUCCGCUACGGAUACCAGUUCAAGACCGCCACACCCAACAUCCACCGCCUGAUCGCUAAUGGCACCGAGGCAGAGCCCGGGCUCAUAUCGGUCUUCCCUACCCUUACCUUCCCCAACCACUACUCUAUCGUCACAGGCCUCUAUCCUCCCUACCACGGCAUCAUCAACAACCAUUUCGUCGAUCCAAUCUCUGGCGCCUCCUUCACCAUGAAGAACCACGAGCCGGAGUGGUGGCUCGGGGAGCCGCUCUGGGAGACCGUCGUCGACCAGGGAUUCCGCGCCGCCACCUUCUUCUGGCCCGGAUCCGAAGUCAAGAAGGGAACUUGGGACUGCCCUCCCAGGUUCUGCCGGCAUUACGACGUCUCAGUGCCGUUCGAAGAUCGCGUGGACACCAUCUUGAGCCACUUCGAUCUCCCAUGCGACGAGAUACCCGUGUUCAUGACCCUCUACUUCGAGGACCCAGAUAAGCAAGGGCACAAGGUCGGUGCAGACGAUCCAGAGAUCACCGCCGCAGUAGCUCGAAUCGACCACAUGAUCGGGAGAUUGGUCGCCGGCCUGGAGAAAAGAGGCAUCUUUGAGGACGUGACCAUAAUCCUGUUAGGCGAUCAUGGAAUGGUGGGAACUUGUGAUAAAAAACUGAUCUUCCUUGAUGCUCUAUCUCCGUGGAUCAAAAUUCCCCGAGAAUGGAUCGAGUCCACAACUCCUCUGCUCGCAAUUCGCCCGCCUGCCGGCGUUGCCCCGUCGGAAGUGGUGGCAAAGAUGAACGAGGCAUUGAGUUCGGGAAAGGUGGAGCAUGGGAAUUAUUUAAAAGUGUACCUGAAAGAGGAUCUGCCGGAGCGGCUUCAUUAUUCUGCGAGCUACAGAAUUCCACCCAUCAUUGGAUUGCUGGAAGAAGGCUACAAGGUGGAGCUGAAGACGUCCAAGAGCUGCGAGUGCGGCGGCUCGCAUGGCUACGACAACGCAUUCUUCACGAUGAGGACCAUUUUUAUUGCGCACGGACCUCAGUUUGCGAGGGGAAGGAAGAUUCCAUCUUUCGAAAAUGUAGAGAUUUACAAUGUGAUCGCGUCCAUUCUGAAGCUGAAGGGUGCACCCAACAACGGAUCGGCAUCGUUUCCGAGCACAGUUCUUCUCGCAAACGCUUGAGAUGUACUCAGAAUAUGCAGAUGAAUGAGUUUUCAGAAGCAGCAGCAACAUUACCAGCCACUGACCUUGCCAAAAU